AUGAUGUCAUCGACAGCAAAGUUGACGAUAACGGGUCCCGCUGCAGCUCCUUGUUUGAUCCCACUUCCAACUUUGAACGGUGGAGUAGAUUCGGCUGGUGUUCAAACCGCAGGAGCAGUUCUUCUAUUCAUGUCGUUAGCUGAGUGUGCGAACUUUCUUGGAAUUUCGUCAGUGCGAAACGAGUUGAGGGUUGAAAAGACGGCCGCGGAGAGGAGAGCAGGAACGGGCUUUGAAGUCCAGAAGGACUCUUCUGCCUAG